AUGGCCGAGUGCGGGAGCUACAAAGCCACCAAUGCUCUGACUCUGGCAGCUUUGUCCCCUCCGUGUCCCCAGCAGGAAGGGCAGCUCUGCCUCCUGCCCAUGCCACCCAUCCCCACCGGCCCUGCGCCCGUUCCCACCCAGGGACAUUGGAAGUCCCAAGAGGAAUGGAGGUCACACCGGGAAACCAAGCCCUCCGCGGAGCCGUCGCCUUUGAGCAAUCUCCAAAAGGGAGACCACCCGCCAGCAGUCAGCAGCCCUUCCAGGAUUCUCUGGGUCCUGGGCGCCGAGAGGAGGUCGCGGGCGGCGGCCGUCUGGCCCGUGGACGAGGAGGUGUCCAGCGACUCCGAGCCGGAGAGCCCGUCGUUGGGACGGCGGUGGCGGCGGGAGUUGGCGGUAGAGGAGGAGAUGGAGGAGACGCCGCAGGAGAAGAAGCUGCGCCUGGCCAAGCUGUACCUGGAGGAGCUCCGCCAGCACGAGGAGGAGCGGGCGGCGGCAGAGGAGGAGGAGGAGGAGACGCAUCCGGCGGAUCUCAUCGGCGACCGGCUGAAGGAGGACGUGCUGGAGCAGAAGGGUCGGCUGCAGCGCCUGGUCGCCAAAGAUGUGCAGCCUCCAGAUCCAGCCAGCAUUCGAGUGCUGCGGGGGCACCAGCUGCCCGUCACCUGCCUGGUCAUCUCUCCAGAUGACAGGUUCAUCUUUUCGGCCUCCAAGGACGGCUCCCUCAUCAAAUGCAAGUGUUCCCUUGGGGCCGCGACUGGCUGUUCCCCCAGCCUGAACCCUGCAGGGAGGGACCCUGCAGCAGCAGGAGCGUGGGUGCCUGUGGAGGUGGCUGGGCCCCUGCCCCUUCCGGGGAUGUGCACGUGCAUCGUUUUGGGCUCUGUGGGAGGCUCGUUGGCGCUUUCCAAUAUGUUGGGAGGUUCCCAGGGCGUGACGGCGAUGCCUUUCCCGUAGGGGAGGUGGAGAGCGGGAAGAGGCUGUGCGUGGUGCCUGGGUGGAAGAAGGGCACCGAGGAGCGGCACAUGGGGCACGCAUCCCACGUCCUCUGCAUGGCCAUCUCAUCGGAUGGCAAGUACCUGGUACGGGAGAGGGGGCUGGUGCUGCCAUGUGUGGUGGAGCGGUGCUGGUGGGGAAUGCAUCUCCUCCUGGGGUCCUGCGGAGAGCGGUAUCUCUAUGGAGAAAGGCAUCCAGUAUCGAAGGGAAUUAGCUGUGCUUGAGGUGAUUUAUGAGAUCCCAAGAGCUAACUGUAUUGGAGGCCGAAGUGAGCCUAACUGGGAAUGAGUGGCAGAAGCACCCCAUUGUGACUGGCCCCGAGGCUCCGUGCAUCCUUGGCAUAGACUACCUCAGGAGAGGGUAUUUCAAGGACCCAGAAGGGUACAGGUGGGCUUCUGGUGUAGCUGCCUUGGAGACGGAGGAAACUAAACAGCUGUCUACCUUGCCUGGCCUCUCGAAGGACCCUUCUGUUGUGGGGUUGCUGAAGGUCAAAGAGCAACAGGUGCCGAUCGCCACCACAACAGUGCACCGGCGGCAAUAUCGCACCAACAGAGACUCUCUGAUCCCCAUCCAUGAACUCAUUCACCAACUGAGGAGCCAAGGAGUCAUCAGUAAGACCCACUCACCCUUUAACAGUCCCAUAUGGCCAGUGCAGAAGUCUAACGGAGAGUGGAGGCUAACAGUAGACUAUCGUGGCCUGAAUGAAGUCACUCCACCGUUGAGUGCUGCUGUGCCAGACCUGCUAGAACUUCAACACGAACGGGAGUCAAAGGCAGCCAAGUGGUAUGCCACAACUGAUAUUGCUAAUGCAUUCUUCUCAAUCCCGCUGGCAGCAGAGUGCAGGCCACAGUUUGCUUUCACAUGGAGGGGCGUCCAGUACACCUGGAAUCGACUGCCCCAGGGGUGGAAACACAGCCCUACCAUUUGCCAUGGACUGAUUCAGACUGUACUGGAACAGGGAGAAGCUCCCGAACACCUUCAAUACAUUGAUGACAU